CCCUGUAAAUCUCCCAUUUCCAUUUUCCCUAAUGCUUCGAUUAAUCCUCAAAUAUCCCCUUAAACCUCAAUUACCCUACUCCUUCCUGCUCCUUAAAUCCUCUUUCUCCGCCGCCGCGCUCGCCGUCGACCACCCUGAACCACCACCAACCACCACAACGAGAACUGCAUUUUCAAAAAUCCUCAAUUUUUUCCAAACUUAUUGCACUAAAGGCUCUGCGAAGCUUUUAAAAGGCGACCCAUGUAUUAAAAAUUUAAUCUUUGACCUGAAUGAAUUAGAAAUAGAAGACAUUGUUGAGAAACUGAGUGUUGAGAAUUCUGAAUCUGCCCUUGAGUUCUUUUUCUUGUUGAGAAAUGAUUAUGGGUUUAAGCAUUCGAGAGUUUCACACAUUGUUGUUGCUCAUGUUUUGGCUAAAAAACAGCGGUUUAGAGCUUUGAAGUUUCAUUUGCAAAAUUUGGUUCAAGAAGAAGGCUUGGGUUCAGCUUCUUUGCUAAGUGAGCUGCUUUCGAGUCGCUUUCAGAAAUGGGAUUCAAAUCAUGUUGUCUGGGAUAUGCUGGCUUCUGCUUAUUCCCGAUGUCAGAUGGUUCUCGAUGCUCUCUUUGUUUUUGCAAAGAUGAAAGAUUUCAAUAUCCGGGCUUCGAUAAUUUUAUAUAAUAAUUUGUUGUAUAAGUUGAGGGACACUGAUAUCGUCCGGGAUGUCUACGAUGACAUCAAAGCCAGUGGGAUAAACCCGAGUGAGUAUACUAAUUCCAUUCUUAUAGAUGGCCUAUGCAAACAGUUCUCGAUGCAAGAAGCUGUUGAGUUUCUUCGAGGGACUGAAUGUAGAGAGUUUGGGCCUUGUGUUGUGUCUUUCAAUACUCUUAUGUCAAGUUCCUGUAAAAUGGGUUACAUAGAUGUUGCAAAGUCAUUCUUUUGUAUGAUGUUUAAGUAUGGAUUGCAUCUCAAUGUAUAUAGUUACAAUAUUCUUAUUCAUGGUUUAAGCAUGGCGGGUGCAAUGGAAGAAGCCUUGGAGUUCAAAGGUGAUAUGGAGAAACACGGUUUAGAGCCUAAUGUGGUGACUUAUAACGUCCUUGCCAAAGGAUUUUGUUUGCUUGGUAUGACAAGUGGUGUCUGGACAUUAAUUAAUGAAAUGCUUCAUAAAGGCUUAAAUCCUGAUAUUGUCACUUUUAAAUUGUUGAUCUGUGGAUAUUGCAAGGCAGUUAAUGUUGAUGAGGGUAUUAUGUUGAGAGAGGAGAACAGCGGUCAUAAACCAGAUACUGUCAUGUACUCGAUUCUCAUACAAGGCCUUUGUAAGAAAGGAUUGGUAGAGUUGGCUUUUCAACUGUACAAAGAUAUGUGCUAUAAGAGAAUUCUUCCAAAUAUUGUUGCUCAUAGAUCUAUUCUCAAAAGCUUCUGUGAGAAAGGGUACAUGUGUGAGGCGAGAGCUUUUUUUGAUGCUUUAAUAAACUGUGACUUAAUGGAUGAUGUUCUUUUGGGUAAUAUUAUGAUUGACGGAUAUGCAAAAUGUGGUGACAUUGGUGAAGCUCUUCAGGUAUACGAACUAAUAAAAGAGAAAGGAAUAAUGCCAAGCAUAGUCACAUUCAACUCCUUAUUAUAUGGGUUCUGCAAAGCCAGAAAGCUAGAUGAUGCAAGGAAGUUGUUUGACACUAUUGUUGCACAAGGGUUGAUACCAACAGAGGUCACGUACACAACUCUUAUGGAUGCCUAUAGUGAGGAAGGAAAUAUUCAAACCAUCUUAGAGUUGCAAGCGGAAAUGAAAGCAAGGGGCAUGGAACCAACUCAUGUUACUCGCACAGUGAUAAUGAAAUGCCACGGCAAAACAAGUCAGAUGCAUGAGUCUGUUCGGAUACUAAAGAAUAUGUUAACGACAGGUCCUUGGCCUGAUGAAGUUUCGUACAACACCAUUAUCCAAAGUUUCUGCAAAGCUCGAGAUAUGAAAGGUGCUAUCCGAUUACAUGAUGAGAUGAUAGACAACAAUCUUCUGCCAAGUCGUGUCACAUACAACAUUCUCCUUAAUGGUUUAUGUGUACACGGAGACCUAAAGUAUGCUGAGAAACUAUUUUCUUCUCUCGAAGAUCGUGAUGUUGGCCUGAUGAAAUGUGAUUACACCAUUCUUAUAAAAGCACAUUGUGCAAAAGGUGAUGUGAAUAAGGCGGUGGGUCUGUUCAAAAAGAUGAUCGAGAAGGGCUUUGAAAUCUCCAUUAGAGAUUAUAGUGCUGUAAUUAAUAGGUUGUGCAAAAGAAACUUACUAUAUGGUCCUUAUAAAAAACGAAACUUACUGGAUGAUGUGAAGGAUUUUCUGCAUAUGAUGUUGUCGCAUGGUAUAUCUGUUGAUUUACAAAUGUAUUCUGUUAUGCUUAACAGUUUCCGUCGUAGUGGUGAUCACAAUUCUGUGUUCCAGCUGUUCUCUUUGAAAAUUAAGUGUGGGUUUGAUACUGCUUCUAAUUGUGGUUAAGUGUACGCGACACCAAUUCAGGAUGAUUACCAUGCUCUGCUGCAACAUAUGAGCUUCUUGUUUCAUGAGGUGUUACCAGAAAAGUUCAGCAAGCUAUUCCUUGAUUUUAUAAGGAAUGUGGGCUUAUUCAAAUAUUCGAUCCCAUACCUGGCUUAAAGAGAAAUUUGGUAGAAAAGGUUUGUAAGUUGCACUAACUAUUCCGUUAUGUGAACUUAUAGAUCAGGUCAUAUGAGAAGCUAAUGACUAGUAAUGCACUGAGAACAGUAUGGAUUCUGUAUUCUCUGCUGACUUCAUGUUAGCAAGUGAAGAUAUAUGCUAGACAAAGGGGUCGGGUCAUGUUUAUGCAUAUAGCAUCACUUACAAAACAGAAAGCUGGUAUGAAUGGUAGGGAGACUAUGUCCUCUGAUCAGCAUCAUCUUUGUAUGGAGAAAAGACAAAGAGAUUUAGCAUCUGUAAGAAAAGUUAAAACAGAUAUAAUAGAUUAUGGGGCCAGCUGUCCUUGGGAAUCUAGUCUUCAGCAGCCAAUAGGGGCAUACCAGUUGUAUGACUGCAGCAGCUGUUAUGGAUCUAGUUCAUUGGAGCUGCUCAGACUAGCAGCUCAUUUCGGUCUGCCCAAGUUGUCAAGGAGCCAACUAAUGGCAUCAUCUGAGUUGAAGAAAAAGAACAAGGAUCUAGCAAAGGCUCCUCCAGAUCGCUGCUUAACACAAUCUUUAUGAAAUAAAUUAUCGUGGAUCAUUGUUUUAUCAUUUUAUUUUAAUCAUAUAGGCGAAUGUCCAGACAUAUAAAUCAUGUUAUCUCCUUAAAAAGAUGGCUUCUCCCAAGAGCUAUCAAUGAUAAAGCCAGCGGAGAAGGAGAUGUUAGGCAUUCUUCAUUAAUAGGCAAUGCUGGCUGGAUUUGACUGUCAUAACUCAUAAGCAAUUCCGGCAGAUCCGUGAUUACCUAUAGUCAUUGCACUAUAAAUUGCAUGAGCACUUGCAUAUAUCUAUUGCAUCACACAAAAUCAGACUGACAAGCCAAAAGAUGUCGGGAAACUACUCCAAAAGUGAUUAUCCUCUUUCUUAUUGCAACAGGAAGUAGAGAAAAGAGAAUAGAGACAGAGAGUGAGACAUUUGAGGAAUUGCCUGUUGAGGAAUUGCCUCUUGAUUACAAGAAUUGGUCAUCCGCACUAAUCUCUUUUAAAGAAAAUGAAGACAUCACUGUAUAUGCCUUUGCUUGUGACAAUUGCUGUCUGUACUAUGUUUUGUCCUACGAGCAGAUGGCCAGCCUUUUUUUCCCCUGAAAAGUGGGAUUACUUCCUGUGACUUUAAAGUACUUUGUUGGUAAUGAGCAGCAUGAUCAGGAUGAACUAAUUUACCCUUUGGAAGACAAAGUUUAUGAUAUUCAUACUAGGGAAUGGAUGAAAGGCUUCAGAAAGUUGCAAGCUCCCAGGCCCGCGCCAUUUGUGUUUUUUUUAUGGGCGGCUUUAUGUGCUUUCCAGUGAUAUAUCAUAUCAAGAAUCACUAGAGUUCAACAGAGUCAUUCAAUACAGUAGCAUUGGCAACAAGUCUAGCAUAUAGAGGUGGAUCGGGGCACACUUGCCUGCAAUUCGUUGUUAGAAUUCUUCCUCAGUUAUCAGUGGCCCUGGUGCAUGUGUAACGCUUCUAAAUGUAAAGUCAACGAUAAUUGAAUUGUCCAAUUGGCAGCAACAGUAAUCUAGCUUCUGAUUCUGAUUGGUAAGCCAUUUCUUACUUGCAUGUACUCUAGAACUAUGAUUCAUGAUAAUGAGCUGAAUUCUUUAGGAGUCCAUCCUUUUUAUGCUCUAAAAGAAUGUUACUCCUAAUUGAAAUGUUAACUUAUAGUUGGAUUUGCAAGACCAUAGUCUUGUUGGUUUGUCACCUUCA